AUGAUGUCGUUGAAUAGAAGCUGUUUUCUGGGCAACCCGGCCAUCGCUGGGUCUUCUAGCCCGUUCUCUCAUAGCCAGAAGAGGCGCUCAGCUUCGCUGAAAGUGGUGGCUUUGGUCCCAAAAGCCCGGACUGGUGACCGAAACGGCAGCGUAGUGAUGGAGAGCACAUUGCAGGAAGUGAAGGACGAAUCCUCGGUUGUUGAGCUGAAAUCCACCGUCCAUGGUGGGGUCCAAGAUGUGUAUGGUGAGGAUACUGCCACCGAGGACCAAUUUGUCACACCCUGGAGUGUCUCUGUUGCUAGUGGAUAUACGUUGAUACGGGAUCCACACCACAACAAAGGUCUUGCCUUCACAGAGAAAGAGAGAGAUGCUCAUUACUUGCGUGGUCUUCUCCCCCCUGUUGUUAUUUCUCAAGAACUUCAGGUGAAGAAAAUGAUAAAUUGUAUCCGCCAGUAUCUAGUUCCUCUGCAGAAGUAUAUAGCCAUGAUGGAUCUUCAGGGGAGAAAUGAAAAGCUAUUCUACAAGCUUCUUAUUGACCAUGUCGAGGAAUUACUCCCAGUUGUAUAUACUCCUACUGUCGGUGAAGCUUGCCAGAAAUAUGGAAGCAUAUUUACGCAUCCACACGGUCUUUUCAUAAGUUUGAAAGACAAGGGCAAGAUUCUUGAAGUGUUGAGGAACUGGCCUGAGAAGAAUAUUCAAGUCAUUGUUGUCACUGAUGGAGAGCGGAUCCUUGGGCUGGGGGAUCUUGGCUGUCAUGGGAUGGGUAUACCUGUGGGUAAACUUGCUCUAUAUACGGCACUUGGAGGAGUUCGUCCUUCUGCUUGCUUGCCUGUAACCAUUGAUGUUGGUACAAACAAUCAGAAGCUAUUGGACGAUGAGUUCUACAUUGGACUCAGGCAAAAGAGGGCUACUGGACAGGAAUAUGCGGAACUUCUACAGGAAUUCAUGACUGCAGUCAAGCAGAAUUAUGGGGAGAAAAUUCUCGUUCAGGGGACAGCAUCUGUGGUUCUUGGAGGACUUGUUGCAGCUUUGAAGUUAGUUGGGGGAUCAUUAGCUGACCACAGAUUUUUAUUCCUUGGUGCUGGAGAGGCCGGCACUGGCAUAGCAGAACUGAUAGCCCUUGAAGUUUCCAAACAGACAAAUAUCCCAGUGGAAGAGACCCGAAAGAACAUUUGGCUUGUGGACUCAAAGGGAUUGAUUGUCAGUUCUAGGAAGGAAUCACUCCAACAUUUUAAAAAGCCGUGGGCUCAUGAACAUGAACCAGUCAAGGAACUUGUAGAUGCUGUUAAUGCAAUCAAACCUACAGUGUUAAUUGGAACGUCAGGAGCAGGAAGAACAUUCACCAAAGAAGUGGUUGAGUCUAUGGCCUCCCUCAAUGAGAGACCUAUUAUCCUUGCUCUUUCCAACCCAACAUCACAAUCUGAAUGUACUGCGGAAGAAGCAUACACAUGGACUCAGGGUCGUGCUAUUUAUUGUAGUGGAAGCCCAUUCCCGCCUGUUGAAUAUGAGGGGAAGGUUUACACUCCUGGCCAGGCAAACAAUGCAUACAUCUUCCCUGGAUUUGGUUUGGGUUUAAUAAUGUCUGGUACUAUCCGUGUUCAUGACGACAUGCUUCUGGCAGCCUCGGAAGCUUUGGCUUCACAGGUAUCCCAGGAAGACUAUGACAAGGGACUCAUAUACCCUCCAUUUACAAACAUUAGAAAGAUUUCGGCACAUAUUGCUGCUAAAGUAGCUGCUAAAUCAUAUGAACUUGGUUUGGCUACUCGCCUCCCUGAACCAAAGGAUCUGGAGAAGUAUGCUGAAAGCUGUAUGUACAGCCCUUCCUAUCGAAGUUUCCGGUGA